AUGGCAAACCUCAGCCCGCCUCCUGCGACUCGCGACGACUUCGAGACCGCAAUCAUUUGCGCACUGCCAGAGGAACGCGACACCGUGGAGGCAUUGAUGACAAGGGACUUCAAGAGUGAGGGAAAGAUCUACGGCAAGUUGGAGAACGAUGACAACACCUACACACUCGGCGUGCUGGGGAACAAGCCCGUGGUUCUGGUCGCGCCUCGCGACAUGGGAACUACGAACACACGAGAUCUCGCGCGAGGUCUGAAAAUCAGCUUCAGUAAGGUAACUUGGGCUUUCGUGGUCGGUAUCGCGGGCGGUGCACCUUUCGUUCCGGACGGCCCGGGUUGGAAAAAGUCGGGAAUUCAGCUUGGAGAUGUCGUGGUCAGCACGCAGGUGAUUGAGUAUGACUUCGGACGGGAGUUUGAGAAUGGCUUCAAGAGGAAGACUGAAGUGGAGAGUGUCCUUUCGCGCGCUCCUCAGAAGGUGGCCAAUUUCAUCAAUCAGUUCAAGCUUGGAAGAAGCGCAGCAUUCCGUCGCAUCCUGGCAAAGACGAAUGCUGACCUCACUACAGGCAAGGGCGAGGAUCACGAGCAUCCUGGUGCAAACGCGGAUCACGUAUACGGCCUCGGGUAUCGCCACAAGCACCAAGACCCUGAGGCCUGUACGAAAUGCAGCCAAUGCACGGAGUGGUAUCAUGAGGUAUGCGCGACAGCUCUCACGGCCGAUUGCCUGACUCUCGGCUGCAAGCCGCAUCACAGCAACAACGACAUCAAGGAGGCCCAAAUUCACUUCGGGAGAUAUGCCUCAGGCAACGCUGUGAUGAAGAGUGGACAUCGAAGAGAUUUGUUGAUCCGGGACGAAGGAGUCAUCGCGUUCGAGAUGGAAGGUGCUGGCGCAUGGGAAGUGUUCGGCACUAUCGUGGUCAAGGGUAUUGUCGACUACGCGGACAGUCACAAGAACAAGAAGUGGCGUGGGUACCCGGCAGCACGGGCAGCGCUGUGUGCUGCGGCGAUGAUUGAAGAGAUUGAGCUUCCGGAGAAGCCACGCCCAGGUCAGCGACUCGCUACUUUAUUUCUACGACUUGACAACUUGACGGUCCAUUUUUCCCCUGCCUAUCUUGCUCCGUGCAGUGGCUGGUGA